AUGAUCUUCAGAAAUCACACUGAUAAACUGCAGUCUUGUCAAGUGAGUGCUUUACUGCGAAACUGCGAUGUUGAAAUCUCUUCUCAGGUGAGGAGCAGGCACUCCUCCAGUAGCUCCACCUGUGCUAAUGGCUCCAGUUGCUGGGACGGAGCAGGAGAUGACAGUGACGUCUGUAACGUGCUCAAUAUCCCUGUCACAACUCCAGAGAACCUCUACCUGAUGGGAAUGGAGUUGUUCGAGGAGGCUCUGCGGCGCUGGGAACAGGCGCUAACGUUCCGCAGCAGGCAAGCGGAAGAUGAGGAAAGUUGUGCAUCCGUGAAGCUGGGAGCUGGAGAUGCCAUUGCAGAAGAAAGCAUGGAGGACAUCAUCAGUGUAGAUUUCAUUCGAAAGCUGGAGUCCCUGUUACAGAGAGCAUAUCGGCUCCAGGAGGAGUUUGAGGGAGCGCUGGAAAUGACAGACCCUUCAACACAUCCUAUAAGCGACAAGCACAUGGAUCUCUCCGUGCGGGAGGACUUGGAGGACACAUGUCUGAGAGAUUCAAUCAGUAUCGCCUCAACAGAUUCCUUCGUCUCUGCAGCAGAGUUAUCUGAGCACAGAGAGAUGAGAAGUGCCCAUGCCCUGGAGUCACUGUGUCAUCACCCCUUCUAUGAGGACGCCCUGCAGAUGGCUGAGGAAGGAAAGAUCUCCUGCCGAGUGCUAAGAACUGAAAUGCUUGAAUGUCUUGGAGACACAGACUUCCUGGCAAAGCUGCACUGUAUACGGCAGGCAUGUCAGGUCAUCUUAUGUGAAAGAGCCACCAGAGCAUUUCUGGCUGAUACAGGAAAGAAGAUACUGUCUUCGAUUAUAGUCAAAGCAAGGAAGAGCCCAAAGAGAUUUGAGGAGGUGUUUGAAGAAAUGAUCUGCUUUCUGGAGGAAACGGACCAUUGGGAGAACACUGAGAUGGAGCUUUCUUCCAGAGGGGUUAAACAUCUGAACUUCUAUGACAUUGUUCUUGACUUCAUCCUUAUGGACUCAUUUGAGGAUCUUGAGAAUCCACCCAUAUCCAUUCAAAAUGUGGUCAACAAUCGUUGGCUCAACAACUCUUUCAAAGAAACGGCUGUUGCAUCAAGUUGUUGGUCCGUUCUGAAACAGAAGAGGCAACAUAUGAAGGUUCAAGAUGGUUUCAUCGUGCAUUUCUAUGCAGUGUGUGAACAAAUAAGUCCUGUCUUGGCCUGGGGGUUUCUAGGCCCUAAAAGUUCCCUGCAUGAUUUCUGCUGCUAUUUCAAGGAACAGGUGCUGUUCUUCAUGAAGGACAUUUUUGAUCUGGAUAAAGUACGUUACUGUAGUCUGGACACUUUGGCUGAGGACAUCCUGCACUUGCUUCACGAACGCUCUGAACUGCUUCUUGCCUAUCUGGGCACUGACAUGAUCCAUCACUUAAACGGCUGUAGUGGCACACCUUUGCACCUGGUACCCAGUGCGUUGCUGGAAGCACAGGUUCAGUGAGCUACAUCUGUCUGUCAUACCCUCCACAUUUUCAUGGUUACCUACAGCUGCGGAGUCCACUGUACGUCAUGACUCUUGUCUUUCAAGUUGUUAUUAGUGCCAUGUCAAUGAAUUAUAAAGUUUGUCUACUGUUUAAAAUGAAGUGGGUAAGAACAGAAAGAGAUGUAUAUUUUAUAUGCCUUCCAUGUGGUAUUCCAGUAGCUUUAAUUUUUAUACUUGAGUGAUAUGCUCAAUGAAUGAUCAAAAUUUUUGGGUACUUGAUGUUUUGAGACUGUGUUUUAAGUAUGAGUAUUUUCAUAGUUCUGAAAACAAAAGUUUAUUCUCGAGGUUUUUAAACCAAAUGUCUUCAUGUAGGUCACUUAAGAGUCUCUGAACAUUUAUGGGAAUUAAUUUAACACUAGCCAUGAAUUCAGUUUAGAUUUCCCAACAGUUAGAAUACAUGAAACAGCUGGCUGUUCUAAAUUUAAGUCAUUACAUGAUCUAUUAAAGCUCAAACAAUUGAUGUUUUUUGUAAUGUUCUUUGGGAUUAAAGCUGCAUUUUGUUCAUAAACAUGUUAAGCUAGUACACAAGUAUGAAUUCGAUUUAACACUGCUAAAUAAAAACCUCAAAAAACAA